AUGGCUUUUUUUGGACUUACGUACUUGGGAUAUCAGAACUCACUCAAGGAGGUGUCUCUGGCCUCACAACAAGAUCCCAUCAGGUCCAAGACCCAGCUGGGAUUUUUAGCACUUCCUCCUUUGAAGAACCAGAAUCCGCCACCUCGAUCAAUUAUUCCCAUAGAUCAAACCUCACAGUACGGCAAGGGCCCGGAUGAUUCAUACACGGAAUAUAUGCGCCUGAGAUCAAAACAUACACGGAAUCCAACUGAUUUACAUCAAAUUUACAAGCGUCCUGCCACAACCUCUCACAACAUUGGCUGGUGGACCAAAGACGAGCCACUGCAGGUGAACCAUCCCUGGGCGUACGUGCCUCGGAGAGCCAAGUUCCGCAGUGAAAUGAGCAGAUUUGUGGAUGAAAUGAAGCUCACAAAUCGCAGUUUCACUCUAUUUUAA